UCGACUCGUCAGUGCGGCCUGAACGGUUAACCGGCCUACUUCUCUCGCGGUUUGCUUGUUUUAAGUCUUCUCUAAUACAUACACACACACACAUACUCUUSUUCUUCUCUCUCUCUCUUUUAUCGUUAUCACCUCCCGCGAUUGCGUCGGCCGUUAUCAUUUCGCCGUCCAGAUUUUAACACGUGUUACCACAACUGGUUCUCUUCUUCCCUCGUACGAGUGGACGAUUCGUCUGAAAGAAAAAGGGACAAAAAAGAACAAAAAUUAAGGAAGGAAGGAAGGAAGGAAGGAAAUAAAUAAAUAAACUAUUACGAAUAAUCUUAAGGACCGUAAAGAACACUAUUUGCACUUUGUCGAGGCAUGCCGAGAAUCCGAACGAGGAGUAAGAAUCGCGCGUAAAAACUCGACACCAAUUGGAAAGAGUAAAAACGCUGCUACUGCUGCUGCUCUUAGAGCUAAGGUGAGGACGACCUACAGGAUGCCAAGAAGUCGUAGUUCAUUUUCCAGAAUCGAAGGACUAAUGCUGCUAAGUUUGAUCAUGCUCGUCUACCUCGACAUCUGUUGGUGUUCGUUAUCCCAUAGAAGUAGACACCAUGCCGAGUUAUCUCACGAGGAGGUGAAAAAUUAUCGUCAGGAUGAACAUUAUCCAAGAGCAGAAGCUCUUAGUUCUAAUCCUAACGAUGAUCCAUUGAUCGUACAAACUAGAAAGGGCAAAGUAAGAGGCAAAACAUUCACAGCAAUGACUGGAAAGGAAGUUGAUGCUUGGUUUGGCAUACCUUAUGCUCAAAAACCCUUGGGACCACUAAGAUUUCGACAUCCAAGACCUGCCGAACGUUGGAACGGUGUUCUCAAUACGACUACUUUGCCAAACAGUUGCGUCCAAAUUCUCGACACGGUGUUUGGGGAUUUUUCUGGUGCCACCAUGUGGAAUCCUAACACACCGUUAAGCGAGGAUUGUCUUUACAUUAACGUGGUAGUACCACGACCCAGGCCUACUAACGCCGCUGUUAUGGUAUGGAUAUUUGGUGGUGGUUUUUAUUCCGGGACAGCAACGUUGGACGUUUACGAUCACAAAACGUUGGUAUCCGAAGAGAACAUAAUUCUCGUCUCGAUGCAAUAUCGACUAGCCAGUUUAGGUUUCCUCUAUUUCGGGACAUCAGAUGUUCCCGGUAAUGCCGGUCUGUUCGAUCAAAUAAUGGCCCUCCAAUGGAUACGCGAUAAUAUCGGUGCUUUCGGUGGUAAUCCUGACAACGUGACCCUGUUCGGUGAAAGUGCUGGAGCCGUGUCCGUUUCCAUGCACCUUCUAUCGCCAUUGUCCAGGCACCUCUUCAAUCAGGCGAUAAUGCAAUCGGGUUCAGCAACCGCCCCCUGGGCUAUUAUUUCACGCGAGGAAUCUAUCGUACGAGGGAUCAGGUUAGCGGAAGCUGUUAAUUGUCCACACGAUCGGGAUCAUUUGCAGGACGUUAUAGAUUGUCUGAUAGCCAAGGAUCCAAAAGAAUUGGUGGACAGCGAAUGGGGUACUUUGGGUAUCUGCGAAUUUCCAUUCGUACCUGUUAUCGACGGUACGUUUCUUGAUGAAAUGCCACAACGUUCCUUGGCAACAUCCUCCUUUAAAAAGGCUAACAUCCUGAUGGGUUCCAAUACGGAAGAAGGAAUCUACUUUAUCAUCUAUUAUCUUACCGAAUUAUUCCGUAUCGAUGGUACCGAGGAUGUCGAAGUUUCCAGAGAACAAUUCGUCAAGGCCGUCUCGGAAUUGAAUCCUUACGUUAAUCAAAUAGGACGUAACGCAAUUAUAUACGAGUAUACCGAUUGGCUUCAUCCCGAUGAUCCUCACAUCAAUCGCGAUGCCAUUGACAAAUUGGUCGGUGAUUAUCAGUUCACCUGUAACGUCAAUGAAUUUGCUCACCGAUACGCUGACACUGACAAUACCGUUUACAUGUACUACUAUAAGCACAGAUCAGCGAACAAUCCUUGGCCAAAAUGGACAGGUGUUAUGCACGCCGAUGAGAUCAACUAUAUAUUUGGUGAACCUUUAGACUCUUCUAGGGGUUAUACAGAAGAAGAAGUUCUAUUAUCGAAAAGAAUGAUGAAGUAUUGGGCUAAUUUUGCUAAAACUGGAGAUCCGAAUCUUGGUGACUCGACUUCUUGGACGCUUCCUCAUUGGCCAGUUCACACUGCCGUUAAAAAGGAAUAUUUAACACUUGACACCAACAACUCUGACGUCGGUUAUGGCAUCAGAACGAGACAGUGCGCGUUUUGGAAAAGAUAUCUUCCGCAAUUGCUUGCCGAUACAUCGAAACUGGACCUGAAAUCGAAGGAUACUUGCAGCGGUGCCAGCGGGAAUUAUGUUCGUGGAUUAAAUGGAAUAAUUACUGGACAAUCUCAAUUUCUAUUGGUAUUGAGUUUAACCCUUGGAACGGUAUUUUUAACGCGAACGACGAGAAUGAGCUUAGGUUUAUCUGAAACCUUAGAUGGGUCACGUCUUUAUGAUACAAGAGGUCUCGUCUAGCUCCUGGUUACGCUCGUUUUACGAGCUCUCCUUGAUCCUACGGGAAUAAUUCAAAGUCCUUUGAUUCGAACUAACUAACUAACUAACUAACUAACUAACUAAUAAAAAAUAAAAAAACAAAAAAUAAAAAUAA